CAGAAUCAUUGGAAUGAGUUGUUGGCUUAUUGGAACACCCAAAAGUUUAAAGAUAAAUCGGAAAUUAAUUCUGAUAACAGAAACUCAAGUCAUGAUGGUUUAGGUCCCUCGUUGCAUACAGGAGGAUCAAUUCCAGUUUCAGAAUAUAAAAGAAAAUUUGUAAGUGUUAAUUUUGAUAUUUUAUAAUUAUAUUUUAUUUUACCAACACCAAUUAAAUAUGUUUUUUAUUUUAUUUUUAGGUGAAAGAGAAAGGGGUAGAGCCUACUGCUUCUGAGUUAUUUUUGAUGAUUCACAAAACGAAACAGAAUAAUGAUUGGGUUGAUGGAAAAUCAAAAUCUGUCUGGGCUAAAUUUCAAACCAUCGUCAAGAGUCGUCAUUCAAGUGACAUGUCUGGGACACAGGGUGUUGGCGAAGGAAAUGAAGACGCAAGAAUCGAAAAUCAAGAGGAAGACGAAGAAGAAGAUGAAGAUGAUGCAUUCAUGGCAAUAGCAUCCGCUCUUCCUAAAGAAGUUAUUGAUAAAGCGUGGCUCGAGGCAGUUGGAGGGCCAAUAAAAGGAAGAGUUUACGGUCUCGGAUCGGAGUCCAGUUAUGUUGUACAAGGAGGUGGUCCUACAUUUCAUGCUCCAACCGGUUCUUCUUCAGCAUCAUCUGUACCUUCUCAAUGCGUAUUUGAAACUCCUUCAUUCGAAGAAGCUGUUAAUCGAGCGGUGGAACAAAAAUUAACCGAUAUGCAGGCUACUUUUCAAGAGGAAUUGCAAGCCUUGAAAACAACCAUUCAAGAGAUGCGUGAAAGACAACCUGGAGGAGCUGAUAGAGAUGGACAGUAG